AAGGCUCCACAUGGACCUCUCAGCCCAUAAAUUGAGGGGCUGGUGACCGUCCCAGCAUCAGCCAGAAAAGAGGCUUUCAAGCUCCCCUUGCCUGCUGAGCUCCAGCCACCACUCCCCUGCUGCCAUGAAGGUCUCCGUGGUUGCCCUCGCCGUCCUCAUCGCUGCCUUCUGCUACCAGAGCUCUGCUGCACCACUUGGUUCCGACCCCCCGACCUCCUGCUGCUUCUCCUACUUCUCCCGGCAGCUGCCCCGGAGCUUCGUGGAGGAUUAUUAUGAGACCAACAGCCAGUGCCCCCAGCCAGGCGUUGUCUUUAUCACCAGGAAGGGCCGUCAAGUCUGUGCCAACCCCGAGCAGGAGUGGGUCCAGCAGUACAUGAAUGACCUGGAGCUGAACUGAGAUCCUGCACAGAUCCUGCUCCACGUCCCAGCUCUCAGGAUGGACGAGCAGGACCAGCUGUGGGUCCCCCAGAAAUGCUUCAAAGCCCUUCAGAGCUACCUGAGAAACCGAAAAUGUUCUAGAAUCCAACUUAAAUGUUUUGCUAUUUAAUUUUUUUAUGGAGGAGGGAUCAGGUGCAAUAACUCCAAGCUAAAUAGGAAUUUUAUUUAAUAGAUAUAUUUUUUUAAUGCAUAAUUUAAUGCAUAAUGCAGACUCAAGUUGUACGUUCUGUAUUUAAUUAAUUGUAUUUUUGGCAUAAGAUUCAAUCCAGAUUUCAAUAAAUA